AUGGAUAUUGUGGCACGACGGAGGAGCAUUGUGGUGCAGGAUGUGUCGAUACUUGUGACUACAAAUUGGGAUGUGACGCAUCGAACCCUUGUCCAAGUGGAUGCUGAGGAAAAUUGUGUGACCGGCUGCGAUUCGAAGGCUGAAUGUGACCCCGGAGAGUAUGGAUUGGAAUUUGCAGACGCGGAAAAAUGCCCCCUGAAUGUGUGCUGUUCUAAAUUCGGUUUCUGCGGCGUCACAGAAGAAUUCUGCGGAAACAAGACGGUCGACCGUGGUCAUUGUUCUGAGAGCGGAGGGCUCGAUCGAGUCGUUGGAUACUUCGAAGGCUGGGCGUCUCGAAGACCAUGCAACCGCUUCUGGCCGGAGAAUAUACCGGGUGGUGUAUACAGUCACAUCAACUUUGCGUUUGCGACUAUCGAUCCGGAAACAUUCGAGGUCAAGCCGGCGGAUGACCGGGAUAUAGAGUUAUACUCACGGGUCACUGUCCUGAAAAAGGGCGAUCCGAAUUUGAAAGUCUUCAUUGCGAUUGGUGGUUGGACUUUCAAUGAUCCCGGUCCCACGCAGACAGUCUUUUCUGAUAUUGCCGGAUCUGAGGAGAACCAAAAGAAGUUUUUCAGCUCUCUGCUGUCAUUUAUGUCUACGUACGACUUUGAUGGAAUUGACCUGGACUGGGAAUAUCCGGAGGCGACAGACCGUAAUGGCCGGCCUGAGGAUUUCAAAAAUUUCCCCAAGUUCAUGGAAAAUUUGAGAAAAACCUUGGACAAAUCGGGCGGCCGAAACGGUAUCUCAAUCACUCUACCCGCAUCAUACUGGUAUCUGCAACAUUUCGAUAUCAAGGCCCUUGCCAAAUCCGUCAGUUUCUUCAACAUCAUGUCCUAUGAUCUUCACGGUACUUGGGACAUGGGUAACAAAUGGACUGGAGAAUAUCUGAACGCACACACAAACCUCACAGAGAUUGAUCUGGCUUUGGAUUUGCUCUGGAGAAACGACAUUGAUAAAAAGAUGGUUGUCAUGGGACUCGCCUUCUAUGGUCGCGCGUAUACCAUCAACCCUGCCUGCACGAGCCCCGGAUGUCUGUACCUGUCAGGCGGUCUCAAGGGAGAGUGCAGUCGUGAAGUCGGGGUUCUGCUCAACAACGAAAUUGAUCAGAUUCGAGAAGACAAGGGUGGAAAACCUACUUUGGAUAAAGAUGCUGCCGUGAAGCUGUACACCUGGGACGACCAGUGGGUGUCAUAUGAUGAUGCCGAUACAUUCCUGCUGAAGACCAACUUCGCUCGGAAACGAUGCCUCGGUGGAGUAAUGGUAUGGGCAAUCAGUCAUGAUACAGCCCAUGGAGAUUACUCUAAAGCUCUAGGCGAAGUGACUGGAUAUGUGGGUAGCGCACAGUUUGACUAUGGCUAUGCGAACGUCACAGAAAAAAACGACAAAGACAUUUGUCAUUGGACGAAUUGUGGACAGUCCUGCCCAGCCGGUUGGCAUAUGAUAAAGCGCGCUGACGACUGGUUUAAUUUCGACGGUGAGGUGAUGAUAGAUGCCUCUGAGUGUGGCGAGGGAAUCGGGUAUCGAUCAUGGUGCUGUCCACCGGGUGAUUCUCCCACCUGUGGCUGGUAUGAAUUCAAUGAUGGACUCUGCGAUGGUGGAUGUCCCAGCGGAAUGAAGGAAAUCGGUUCCACUCAGGCAGGCUGUCGGGAAGAUACUUACCAGACAGCGUGCUGCACUAGUGGGAUCUCAGCGAUGGCUCUCUAUGACACUUGUGAAUGGGGGGCCACCCCUCAGUGUGAGACUGGUACGUGCUCUUAUAAGGGAAGCACAAUGACCACACUACUGGGCGAAUCCGGCACAGGCAGCGGAGGAACUUGGUGUCAUGAUUCCAGCGGCUGGGAUGACACCGUUUGGCCCAAGGAUCAGCUCGGAGAGCAGAAAUAUUGCUGCAACACGGAACAGGAAGAUAAGACAUGGCAGAAUUGUGAAUGGGUCAAAAAUAUCGGCCUCGUCUCUAAAGAUAUGAGCUGUGUUGGCUUCUGCCCACAAGGAAAGGUCAAAGUAGCCAUGGAUGUUUAUAACCAUGGAUGCUAUAACCGAGGAUACCAAACGUAUUGUUGCGAGCCGAGCUACUACACUGAGACCUCGCAUUACUCGGAAGACGUUCAGGCAUUUCAAGAUGCUCUUGGCGAGUGGGGAGACAGCCCUACUUGCGCGGUUGGCGGUUCUGAUUUGGAACAGAGGUCGACGGACACUGCAGCUCUGGCAACCAAAGGCAGCAGCGACACGCCGGCUAAGAAGGUCAGAGAAUUCAUUAUACAGAUGUUGGCCGCCUACGCUAUGAGGCUAGCGGGAAACGUUGGCACCAUGUGUGAUGUGUGGGACAAUUAUGUCGAUUCAAAAAGUUGGUCCAACCUCGAGUGCGACAAUUUGUAUCAGGACCUGCAAAACGAUUCUCAGCACGAUUCUUACUUGAUUGAGUAUGGAUCCUUCAACAUUUCUAACGCCCUCACCUGUGACCCCGACCUUUGGAACACCUUGCUCAGCGAUGAUGAUACAGAGGACCUCGUCUGCGACUGGGACCCCUGUACUGCAGACCCCAGUAUGUGUACCGAGGAGGGAUUUGAUAAUGAUUAUAUUACCGAUGGCAGCACCGAGGACAUCCGUCGGCGGGCGCAAUGGGAAGGACAGAGAAAAGUACUUCAGCUUCUGGAUAAGCGAACAGAUGAAAAGCAGGACUCAUUUGUAUGCUUCGAUGGCGUAACCAAAGUCGUGGUCCGAUUUUGGAGACAAGGAUACCCCAGCAGUGGACAGUGGGCAACUUCUGAUCCCAUCUACGAUGAAGCCCUCGACAACCAAGAAGUGGAAUGCACCAAUACUGAGACCAGUAUCGAAACAAUAGUUCUGACUGAUAACUCGGACUACCACACCGAGCAUAUUAUCGAGCUACAGUCCAUGCCUAUGUUCUUCGCGUGGCUUGUGGCGAACUCCAAAUGCCAAGUUGACUGUGACUUCUUUACAAAAUUCUUCAACAAAGACAGCUUGACGGGGACAACCCCACUGCCGGGAGGGUAUAACUCGGGUACCCCGUCACUGCGAAUCAUGGAGGCUUUAGGAAGCUGGACAAACGACAAACAGUUUCGUAUGUUGCAAAAGCGACUGAACGGCAUGAAAGCACAGUUGUGGCGUUUCUAUGCCCCCAGGGAGGAUUCCCUUUGGCAAGCUGCUGUCAAGAAUGCGAGUCCCAAUGAGGCGCUCACCAUAAUUAAGAGGGUGAUCACAGUAUUCAGUUAUUUGAACGACCCCGAGGUCUGGGGACGACUCAAGACCACCAACAAAUUGAUCCGACAGGAAUUAAAACUUGCACAAGACGCAUACAACAAAGCCAAUGGAAAAAAUACACAAAUCUUAGAUUGUUGGGAUGAAUGGUUUGCGGGUCAUCUGGAUCGGGUAGUCGAGCAUUCUGUUGAAUGGCUCACAGAUGCACUGGACGACAUGGACGGCGAAUGGACUGGAAAGAAGGGCAAGCUCAGGGCCCAGGUGAUUCGUAUCGUGAAAAGCCUUCGGACUCAAAUGGGCAAGAAAGUCAAGCUCAAUACCCAAGACCUGAUCUGA